UUCAGAUCUAAAUCAGUUUUUUCAAAUAAUCCAUCUCUUUCAAAAAUGUCAGGUCGUGGAAAAGGAGGCAAGGGUUUAGGCAAAGGAGGAGCAAAGCGUCAUCGUAAAGUUCUUCGUGAUAACAUUCAAGGAAUCACGAAACCAGCAAUCCGUCGUCUAGCUCGUAGAGGAGGUGUAAAGAGAAUCAGCGGUUUGAUUUACGAAGAAACUCGCGGUGUUUUGAAGAUCUUUCUCGAGAAUGUCAUUCGCGAUGCUGUUACUUAUACUGAACAUGCUAGAAGGAAGACGGUAACUGCUAUGGAUGUUGUAUAUGCUCUUAAGAGACAGGGAAGAACUCUUUACGGAUUUGGAGGUUGAUUGUUGUUUAGAUCUGGUUUUCUGGAAUUUGUAUAUCGAUUUGAUCUAGGGUUUCAUCGUUUGUUGAAAUUUGGAAUGAUCUAGUUUGAAUCAGAUUCAGUUUAAUCCUUUCUGGUUA